AUGAUUCUGAAGAAGAAAUUGAGUUGUUUUUGGACAUUAGGUCUCUGCCUGGUAGCCAGUAAGUCGUCUCCCAAAGUCCCCUCCAUCACAGAUCCGACAUUUAUAGACCAGGCCGUCAAAGCUCACAAUGAAAUGCGUGGUAAAGUCUGGCCCACCGCAGCCAACAUGAAACACAUGAGUUGGGAUGAAGCUUUAGCGAAGACUGCUAAAGCAUGGGCGAACAAGUGCUUAUUUGGACACAACCCCUGUUUACCAAAGUCACUUCAAUGCCAUCCAACUUUUCAGUACAUUGGAGAAAAUACCUGGUUAGGGCCAUUACGCAUCUUUACACCAAGAUGUGCAGUUGAAGCCUGGUAUAACGAAAGUCAAUUUUAUGAUUUUAAUAGUCUAUCAUGUUCCAAAGUUUGUGGCCAUUAUACACAGGUAGUUUGGGCCAAUUCAUAUAAAAUUGGUUGUGCAGUUGCAAUCUGUCCUAACCUUGGGGGACCUGACACUGCAAUAUUUGUAUGUGACUAUGGGCCUGCGGGAAAUUAUCCAAAUAUGCAUCCUUAUGCUAACGGAUCAUCCUGCUCUAUGUGUGAAGAAGGAGAAAUUUGCACAAAGAAACUCUGCCAAAAUAAAGACCUUGAUAAACUUCAAUCAUAUCCAAAUUGGAAUCCAGAAGGGAUAGCACCUCAGCUGGCAGCAUGUAGUCCACUGUACCUAAUUUCUGUUCUUCUAAGAAUAUUUUAA